AUUAUCCGAGAUCUUUGUUCCUCGUUAGCUUGUGUUUGUGUAUCCAUCCGGGUACCGGCGUUUUAACUUAAAUUUUGAUUGGUAACUGGUAUUUUUUAUCAUCACCACCAUUUGCUACCGCACGUGAGCAAAACAACUUUAAAUUUCUGAAGUAAUAAAAAUUAACAGACGUUUAAUUUUAUUUUCUCUAUCUUGUAAUAAUAAUUUGCAACGAUGGGAGAUUAUGGCGGGAAUAGACCUAGAGGAGGUGGCAGAGGUGGAAACAGAGGAAAUAAUGACGGGUAUCAACGACGCGAAUGGACAAAUUCAAAUCGCGAUCGCGAUAAUAAUCAAGGACGAGAGUCACGAAAUAGUAAUUCCAGUUACGGAGGCCAAGGAAAUCAGGAGUCAGUAACAAUUCAAAUCCAGCAGAGACACGUUGGUAAAAUAAUUGGACGUGGAGGCGCAACUAUAAAGGAUCUCCAGGCUCAGUCCGGUGCUCAUAUCAAUAUUGACAAAGCUCAAGAUGGGGAGAAUACGUCGGUCAAGAUAUCAGGAAGUGAUGAGUCAAGAGAAAAAGCUCAACAGAUGAUUAAUGAUCUGAUUAAUGAGAGUUCAUCAUAUGGAUCUGGUCAAGGUGACAGACAGUCGUAUGGAUCGAGACAAAAUGAUGGACAGUCUUAUGGAUCAAGACAAAAUGAUGGACAGUCUUAUGGAUCAAGACAAAAUGAUGGACAGUCCUAUGGAUCAAGACAAAAUGAUGGACAGUCCUAUGGAUCAAGACAAAAUGACAGACAGUCGUAUGGAUCGAGACAAAAUGAUGGACAAUCUUAUGGAUCAUCGUAUGAUAAUCAGCAAAAUCAAAAUUACAGUCACCAAGAUUCUUCAUCAGCUCAGUACGAUAAUUGGCAGCAGCCGGAGCCAGCACAGCAGCAAUCAAACUUUUCAUCUCAACCCCAAAAACAAGAACGCGAUGUUCUAGACUUCGGUGACUUUGACUGGACUUCUGUAAACGAGGAACAGAAAGAAUUUGAACAGAAACGCUGGAAAGACUUGAAACCACUAAAGAAAAAUUUCUACAACGAAGAUCCAGAGGUUGCUAACAUGUCCCCAGAAGAAGUCGCCAAAAUUCGUCUCUCUAAAAAUAAUAUUGACUGUCGCCGCAUGCUCGAGGAUGAGGCCGACCCCUCGAACAACAAGGUUCCAAACCCCGUGACAAAGUUUGAGCACGCGUUUCAUGAUUACCCAGAAAUCCUUGAAGAAAUUCGUAAGCAAGGAUUCCAAGAGCCCAGUCCAAUUCAGUGUCAAGCAUGGCCAGUCUUAUUGAGCGGUAGAGACUUGAUUGGUAUCGCCCAAACCGGUACCGGCAAAACCCUUGCAUUCUUGCUGCCGGCUCUGAUUCAUAUCGACGGUCAAGAGACUCCGCGUGAUAAACGUGUCGGUCCCAAUGUCAUGAUAAUGGCGCCGACAAGAGAGUUGGCGCUGCAAAUUUUUAGCGAAGUCAAGAAGUACAGUUACCGUGGUAUCAAAGCUACAUGUCUGUACGGCGGUGGGAGUCGCAAAGAGCAAGUCAGCAGUAUCGAGAAGGGCGUCAAUAUUGUAAUUGCCACUCCCGGUAGAUUAAAUGAUCUGGUGAUGGCUGGUACUUUGAAUGUCAGCGAAAUAAGUUACAUAGUCCUCGACGAGGCCGACAGAAUGCUGGACAUGGGAUUCGAGCCGCAGAUUCGUAAAGCUUUGAUCGAUGUCCGUCCUGAUCGUCAGACUGUCAUGACUAGUGCAACAUGGCCAGAUGGAGUUAGACGUUUAGUAAAAUCAUACAUGAACGAUCCAAUUCAAGUAUACGUUGGAUCUCUAGACUUGGCUGCUACACAUUCAGUGCGACAGACUAUUUUAAUUGUUGAUGAAUCUGAGAAAACUCAAUAUCUCCAUGAAUUUUUUCAAAGUAUGGGAGAGAAAGACAAAGCGAUGGUCUUCUUUGGGAAGAAAUCGCGAGUUGAUGAUUUAGCAAGUGAACUUGCAUUGGCCGGAGUUACAGCCCAAAGUAUCCACGGUGGACGUGAUCAAUUGGAUCGAGAGCAAGCUCUGGCGGACUUGAAAUCCGGAGAAGUUAAGAUUCUUCUCGCUACAGAUGUUGCAAGUCGUGGUAUUGAUAUUGAAGAUAUCACGUAUGUAUUUAAUUAUGACUUUCCACGUGAUAUUGAAGAGUACGUUCAUCGUGUGGGUCGUACCGGACGCGCUGGUCGAUCUGGGGAAAGUAUAAGUCUCGUUACGCGGGGAGAUUGGGCUGUUGCUAAAAAUCUUAUUUCUAUUUUAGAAGAAGCUAGUCAGGAAGUACCUGAAGAAUUAUACAAAAUGACCGAACGUUACGACGCAUGGAAAGACCGUAAAGCACAAGAAAAAGAUAGUGCUCGUAUGGAUGCUCACGGAGGAGGUGGGCGUUUUGGUGGCGGUGGCGGACGAGGUGGAGGUGGACGAGGCGGAGGCGGCGGUGGGUGGGGUGGAGGUGGUGGUGGAGGUAGACGCGGUGGCGGUCGAGGCCGUAAUGAUUACUCUAGUUCAUUUUACUGAUUACCACAAAUUAUCAGCUUAACUUCUGUAUUAAAAGUCAUAGAUUUUUAAACAGAAAAAAAUAAAAACAUUCGUCAAUUACUAUUUAAAGACUGCUUAAUUUCAAAGUACAAAUUAAUGUGUAACAACACACUAAGGUAAGAGACCCAGUACCCGAUCAGGAAAUCUGUUUUCUGAUCUGGUACUAGUUUUCUAAUUGGGUACUAGGUCUUACCUCACUUAAAAUUAUUAUUUUUCAGUAUUAGUAUAUUAUGAUUAUUAAAUAUUUAUAAUAAUAUAUUAAUAUAUUGUUAAAUGUUGAUGAUUGUUAAGAUUUUAUUAGAUUAAACAUCUAAGUCUUCCAGUCAUUCGCAUUAAUUUUUUUAUGUUGAUCAAAUUAGAUUUAUUUAUACUUAGAUUCUAAUUAGUUUUGUACGAUAUUUAGCAGAAUUUAACGAAUGUUUAAAAAUUAUUAUUUUCUUUUUCAUUUAUUAUAUUUAUGUACAUCAUUAAGAUGUUGAUUUGAAGUCACUAAUUACUUUUCCUACUUAAUUAC